AUGUUCGGAGACACCACAAAUGAUCCCAAUUUAGUUCACUUUGAGAACGAACAAAGUUUUAUUGACCGUUUCGGCGAAGAUCCUCGAAUUGCAAAAAUGUUCAACAAAACAUCCCCUAGGACUCACAACGAAGACAUUCCUGGAGACAUGGGAAUUCCCGUCUUCGUUGAAAAUCCUACGGAGAAGGUCAGAAAAAUUAUAAAGGACGGAUACAAUCUUUACGGGUACAACAAAUACGUGUCCGAUUUAAUUCCUAUUGAACGAAGGCUACCUGAUCGACGUAAUGAGUGGUGCUUUACUCCUAAUCGAGUAUCUAAAAUGCUUCUGCCAACCACGGUGAUUAUGUGCGUAUAUAACGAAGCCCUGUCCGUCUUGUUAAGGACGUUGCAGUCCAUCAUAUCUCGAUCACCUCCACAUUUGCUUGCUGAGAUCAUACUGAUUGACGACUUUUCUGACCAUGAUGAUUUACGAGUGCAUUUGAAGGAGAUCAUGCGACAUAUUUCCAAAGUAAAAUUACUUCGACUACCAAAACGGGAAGGAUUGAUAAGAUGCAGAUUAUAUGGAGCGCUUAUUGCUCAUGCCCCCGUACUUACGUUUCUCGACUCGCACGUCGAAGUAGCUGAAGGUUGGCUUGAACCACUUUUGGACCAGGUUACCAAAAACUGGAGAUCAAUUGCCAUUCCAGUCUUUAAUCUCAUUAACCCUUCCACAUUUGCCUGCAAUUUUUCUGACCAGCCAGUUUCUUCUGUGGGUGGAUUUAAGUGGGAUCUAAUGUUUGCCUUCAACGAAAUCUCAUCGUGGCACACAAGAAAUGUGAACACUUCAGCCGACCCUAUUCCAUCUCCAACAAUGUCCGGAGGAUUUUUUUCAAUUCACCGAGACUUUUUCAGCUACUUGGGAAAGUACGAUGAUCAGUUUGAGAUUUGGGGAGGCGAAAAUAUUGAGUUAUCCUUCAAGACUUGGAUGUGUGGGGGAAGUAUUUAUAUUUUACCAUGUUCGCAUGUUGCACAUUUGGAAAGAAUUCGAUCCGUAUAUUCUCGAGAAACGGUUAAAAGAAAUAAUGCCCGACUUGCUGCUGUGUGGCUGGACGAAUUUGCACAUUUUUACUUUGUCCGGGCUGGUCGGGGACAGGGUUUGCCAAAUUAUGGGGAUGUUUCUAGCCGUUUGGCAUUAAGGCGAAGUCUUAAUUGUUCCUCGUUUGAUUGGUACUUGAAAAACGUUAUUCCAAGCAUGUUCAAUCCUAAAUCAGCAUUAGCAUAUGGCGAGGUAUUAUUCUAUGUCAUUCUAGUGACAUAUGUAAAUAGAUAUGUUAAGCAAGCCCGCGCUAGAAAUUGA